AUGAAUAUAGGCUCACACCCAAAUAUUAAAGAUGAAUUAGUGCCUCAAAUUCCAAAUGACAUUGCUAACAGGAAUAUCAAUAGCGACAUAAAUCCCAACAUUAAUGUUAAAAAUGAAAAUAGUAAUAGUAAUAGUAAUAGUAAUAGCGAUAUUAAUUAUGAUGGUAAAUUUGUAAAAAGAGAAAAUCCAGUUUCUUUAAUGAACAAUAAUUUUGAAGACAUUAAUGAAAGUGAUUCAUUGGAUUUAAAUCUUUUAAGGGCAUCGAAUAGAGUGUGGUUGGUCAAAUUACCCACUUUUUUAUCUGAGCAAUUAGUCGAUAUAGACAAAUUUGCUGGCAAACAAUUUGGUAAAUUAAGAAUUGAACAAACUGAUCCUUUAAACAAUAUCAAAUUACUAAUUGACCAAGAUAAUCAAGAAUUAAAGGAUUUGCCACAUGAAUAUGAUUUACAAGUUCUUAACAAAGAUGUUCAGAACCAAUAUGUUUUCACUGAAAGUGAUUUGAAAAGGCAUUCAAAAGAUGAUUCAACUAACUCUAACAACAAUUCUAAUAAUAUAAUCAAUAAUAAAAAAAUUGAUAAAAAAUCCUUUUAUAGAAAUAGGUUUGGAAAUAACUACAAUAAUAACAAUAAUAAUAAUAACAACAACAACAAUAACAAUGAUCAAAGAAGGUAUUCACCUUUUGUGAAAACUAUUCCCAAAAGAACAGCACUAGUUGGCAAAAUAUGUCAUGAUUGCAAAGUGAUGCCUUCGAUGAAUGAUAGAAAUUAUGUUAAUGUUAUUAAGCGAAGAAAAGAAAUUGCAUCCAAAAGACCAGAUAGACCAAGGGUCCAGGAAAUUGGCGAGAUGGAAGCUAAGACAGGAUCAACAGGGCCAAGUCUUAAGGGAGAUAAAGAGCUGUCCUUAUUUGAUAAAGAUAUUUUGAAGGAGAAUCUUAAGAAAUCAGAAGGCAGGGCAAUUAGAAUGCCACAGCAAGAUUUAUUGGAUUUAUUAAUAAGAUUAUUCAGUGAGCUUGAUUAUUGGACAUUAAAGGGAUUGAAAGAUAAAACGAAUCAACCUGAGAGUUAUUUAAAGGAAAGUUUAGAAAAAAUUGCUAUAUUUAUUAAAAAAGGGCCUUAUUCAUCUAAGUAUUGUUUAAAACAAGAAUACAAGCAAUUGGUGGAUGAAGAAAAAAGAAAGAAAAAUGGGGAAGAUUUGAACGAUAAUAAGUCAGAUGAAAAUAACGAUGACGAUGACGAUGAUGACGAUGAUAUGGAUGAUGAUAUGGUUGAUGUUGCCUGA